AUGCGACACCAACUGCUCGCCGUGCUCACAAUUUCGAAUGUUGCCGCUUAUAAGGGCGCAAUGAUGGGCAAACUCACCGAGUGCGAUGAUGCGAAUACAAAUUUGGAACUCGAUUGGGACCCGAAAGACUAUAGUGUGUUCACAUGCUCAAAUUCAAUGCCGUUCGCCAACGUCGACUCGAUUCUAUUCGAUUUAGUCAAAGAGAAUCCGAAAUUCGAUCCAAAAAAUGACGAAGUCUAUCAUCAAUGCAUGGACAAGGCAAUCGAAUACAAGGAUCCGAUUCCAGUUAGAGGCGAUCACCGUCCGAACUGGGCGCGCUUCGGCGAGUAUCUCUACGCGCCGCCUCAACGCUGGCUGCACAACCUCGAGCACGGCUCCAUCGUGCUCCUCUACCAUCCGUGCGCCGACGACGACGAGGUCGAAAAGUUGCGCGCCAUCGUCACCGCGUGCAUCUAUCGCCACGUCAUCACGCCCUACGCGCAAUUAUCGCCAGACCGCCCGUUGGCGCUCGUCGGUUGGGGAUCGCGUCUUGAAAUGAAUCACGUCGACGACAAUGAGGUCAUCGACUACAUCAAGAACUAUUCUCGACGAGCUCCGGAGGACAUCGUUCGCGACGGUCGCUACGACAAAUUCCUCAUCAAACCCGCGCGAUUCGUCGCCGGCGACAACGACGACAAAAUUUGUCAAAAUUUUCACUGA